AACUAAGUCGACUUAAAGGAUCCCACAGCUCGUUUUGCUACUGACAGUGGACUUUGUCCUUCUCCUUUAUGAGGAAGUCUUGGUUGUAUGCCGUUGACUGAGUACAGGAACACAAUAUGAGUUGCAUUUGUACUAAAGGGUGAAUACUAUAUCAAAAUUGAUCUAGCAGACAUCAAAGGUUUAUUUCAGAUGCCGGUUGCUGACACAGCUUUACCACUGGCAUUACACAUUUGUGGUGUGUAAUUCAUAUCACAUAUUACACGCCCGGUGUGUUAGGUCCGAUGCAGAAGAUGUUCAAGAGAAACAGUCCCUAUGGCAACGACACCAGCAGCUACACAGGAUCGAUCCAGUCAAAUGGUUACUCCACUAUGGAUGAGGUAUCGUCACAAGUGUCAAGUCUGUCGAAACCCAGUGCAAAGGAAAUUUACUUGCAAAGGAUGGAGUAUGCUGCAUCAAUAAACAAGAUGAUGGACAAAUUCCAGUACAGAGUAGAGCACUUGUUCACCUGUGACCUGAACGGGAAGGAGUUGAGAAGCGUAGCGGACUGUGUGGAACGGCUUAAGCUGCUGGACGGGAUGGGUCGUGUGUGGGGUCAGAACAUGUUGCUGGAGGUGCGCGGUGCCAAGCUGCUGCUCACAGACAUUGAAACCAAGGAGGAGCUGGAGUCCAUGGCUUUCAGUGACAUCCGGGAACUAAAGGCUGUGCUGGACACUGGAGUUUUUAAAUCCCUGCUUACAGUGUCAGUCCAGCCCGGGGAAAAACACACCACCACUGUCUUCAUGUUUCACUGUGAGGAUGUCAGGGCUGACUACGUUCAACGGGAUCUCAAAGGAGCAUUGUCCCGCAGCAGAAAUGAUUCAAGCAUCAGCAACAAUGCAGGACUAAUGGCUGGUCAUCAGGGAAUGAAAAAACUUUGUAAUGUUGCAAAAUCUUCUGAACCUAAAGAGCAGAAGCCUGCAGUUGACCCGGCACCCCAGUGGUUGGCUCCUGACUAUGAGGAGGAACUAGUUGUACCUCAGGAGGAGGAGGAGGACGAGGACGAUGACAAAGACGAGGAGGACGAAGAUGAGGACAAGGAGGAGGAGGCCCCACCUCCCAGACAGGAGGUACCAUUCCCGCAGCCCUCCACCACCAAAGAAGAACCUGUGUCUCCUCCACGCCAAUACACAGACCUGGACAGGAACGUAGAUAUCUUGAAUCAUAUUGUAAGUGACAUAGAAAUCUUCAUGGGAAAAGUAGCUGCAGUAGUAGCUAAAAAUGUAAAGAAAAAGAAGAAAAAGAAAAAAGGAAAAGUCAUGGACGGUAUGCCCCCUGCAGCAGAGUUUGAAGUGUGUCUUCAUAAAAUCAAAUGUGGUUUCAACGUUGUGGCGGAGCUCAAUGGAAUGAUUAAUAAUCCCAGCGCUCCUGAAUUUGUUCAGUCCUUGUUCUCCACAUUAGCAUUUGUGGUAUCUCACUGCCCGGAGGAUCUGCCCCAGACCAUUGUGGCGCCGCUGCUGACGCCUCAGUGUAUCCGCCUCCUGAGUGAUGAGGCCUCCGCAGAACAGGACCAGCUGUGGCAAUCUCUGGGAGACGCCUGGAACAUCCCUAGUACCAAAUGGCCAGAAGAUGAUGAGUACAUCCCAACAUACACUCUGGAGUUCCUUGAUGGCUGGCAUCCCCCUGAUGUGACUGCAGUACCUGAACCCAGUGAACCUAUAAGAAGACAGGCACCUCAACAACCUGCACCCAGCCAGGCUUCAGCCAAGUGGACACCACCACCUCACCCCCCACAAAGAACACGCUCAGGUAUGUCAAAACCGCGUUACAUACAGGUUAUGAAUGACUUCAUCUCAAGAAACCACAGAGAACUCACCGUCAGAAAAGGAGAAAUAGUUGAGCUGCUGGACAUGUCCAAACAGUGGUGGAAAGUGAGGAACAGUAAAGGGGAGGAAGGCUUUGUACCUAAUAAUGUUCUGGAGGCUCAUGUCGACAAGCAACCUAUCGAACAGACUGGAGGUUCUCCUAUCCUCACCAAGAAGUCCAAGCCUGCAGAAGUGAAAGCCUGGCUCGAAGACAAGGGCUUUAGCAAGAUCACUGUACGAUGCCUGGCCGUGCUGAGCGGCUCUAUGUUGCUGGGGAUGACCAGAGACGAACUGAAGACAAUGUGUCCAGAGGAAGGGGGACGAGUCUUCUUCCAGUUACAAGCGGUCAAGUCUGCCAUGGCUGUCGCCAUUUAAAAUGAGACCAACAAGAGAACAUCAAAGAGGAGUGAGAAUACAAAAUCACCAAAUGGACCAAAUACUGUAAGCGAUUCGAUAAUAUAAAGCAAUAAGUGAGAUUAACUUCACAGCUUGUUAAGCAUAUUAUCCUCUGAAACCUUGUAUCAAAUAAAAUGUCAUUUUGAAAUGUGUAUUAGUAGUAGUAGUAGUAGUAGUAGUUGUUGUCUGGUAUCAUUCAAAAAUGUUGUGAAAUUGGUGGACAAAUUUAAAAGUUGUUGGGUCUUAAUUAUGUUACACAAAAUGGGUUGAGCAAAAGUCUAAUCUAUGUGGUCACUAUGUAACAUGUAAAUAAAAGUUAACUGACACAA